UCUUUUAUGUAUUCACCAAAACAAAGAUCUCAACUCCAUACAAUUUGAACCCACAAAACCAAUUCUUUUUAGAACUUGUGAAAAACAUGGAACUAAAACAAACCAAAGUGAUGAUCUUCUUGGUAGUCCUAAUUUUGGCAUCUAUCAUCCGACCAUCGGAGUCACAUCCACCUGAAGUUUAUUGCAUAACAGACAGAAUAUUCAAAGUGCCCGGAUGUUUCGAUGCGUUGAAGUUAGCGGUAUUAGUCAGAGACAUUAAAAAAUUAACAGUAGAGUGCUGCAGAGCAGUAUUCGCUACACUUCCUCCUACUUGUUUAUUGAAAGUCGAGGGUGACGUAAUUUUACCAAUGACUAGUUUCAGAGAAAUUUGUAAUAUUGCGGUCCCUGCAGCUGCAGAACCAAGUUCAUGAUUUAUGUUUGGUGUAUCUUUGAAUGAUAUGAUAAUAAACAAGAG